GCAAGGGGCGGCAUAGAAAUGUAAUAAUAAUAAUAAUAAUAAUAAUAAUAAUAAUAAUAAUAGUAGUAGUAGUAGUAGUAGUAGUAGUAGCCAGAGAGAAUGUGGGAGAUCUGCCCAUAACUUGCCAUGUCCCCUCUGGAGGAUUGCUCCUGCCUGCCCCCACCUGGAGCAUCUCAGAGCAGCUGCAGGUUCUGAGGAACAUGGGGCAGAUCAUGGGGAAUGGAGGCCCUUGGGAGACACUGCUGCCCCCCAUCCCCUCAGGGCAUACUUAGCCCCCACUCAUGGGGAGAUGCCAAGCAAUGUCCUAUGCGCAGGAGUGCAUCACCUAAAGGUUCAGAUUCAUCUGGUUGAAGUGUCCGCUUGAGGUAUGAGGGCUUCUUUGUGAGUAAAACAAGGCAGCAUGGAUAUGACCUGCAGCUUUGCUCUGGUGGGUCUCUGGAGAUUCAGGCUGAAAAUCCUGCAGUUCUAGAGUACUGGAUGGAGGUCUAUGCACCCACUCCCUGCUUGCUGCUCUUUGAUUAGCACUGUCUGCUAAUCCUGCCUUGGAACUGGCCCAGAAUAAUUUCCUGUAGCCAUGCCUUUGCACCACUGCAAGCUGGACAGAACCAGAUGGAUGCGACUCUUUUUUUGAGCAAGUGAUAACAAAAUAGCAUGGAGAAAAGGGAGCUGCCACAUAAUAGUAAAGAGGAGGUUCCUGAGCCUAUUCAGUAAAGAAGUUGGACAAAAUCUCACCAUGGUUCAUCGUGCCUGCGUUCACACAGUACCAUAACCCACAUUUCAACAACAAUCCACACUCACCUUAGAUUCAACCCUUGAGUGUAAGUUACAGGGUUAUCUGAACCUAGUCACUAAUUCAACUAUAAAAACGAUGUGCCAGAUUAGAUCAUAAACUAUGCUCAAUCUCUUGGUUUCACAGUAGGACUGAAUAUGCUAAUCUGACCUAAUUAAUCCAGUAACCCAUCCUGAGACAACUGCAGGUGUUAGUUAUAACCCUAAAUUGCAAGGUAUACACUAGUGCCGGUUUCUUCAACCUUUUCUUUCCAAGCCACAUGACCUGUAUUUGAUUGCUAUUAUCUAUAGCUUUUGAAGAAUGGGAUUAGAUGCAAGACACCUAAUCUUGAUCCAUCUGCUUCCUCAGCGCAGUAGCUCUGAAUGACCUCAAUCUUGCAGGCUAUUUUUGAGUACCUUCUAGGCUCACAACAUUCCUUAAAUCUAUUUACAUCCUAUUGGUGCUCUGUAGGUUCACAUCCCAUUUAUCCGGGUCUCCUUUAUGAUGUCCGUGAGUGGAUGUGAGAGUGAACUUUAAUGCUUCUGUAAUGGCAGUCUAUUGUUUGUGACGCUGAGGUUUAGACAUGGGUGGAUAUAUGAGUGCUUGCAUGCAUAAACUGAGGUCUAAUGCCAUUUCAGUUGUACAAUAAAGGCAUGGUAUUAGUUGGAUGGGUGGAGAACUAUGUCUCCCACCAUCUUCCUUCAUGUCAUCUAAAUCAGGGGCAGGCAAGUUGAUUCCCUCCAGAUGUUUUAACUGCAACUCGUAUAAUCCGUUACUGUUUGCCGUGCUGCUGAGCUCUAAUAAAGUUGCAAUUCAGCACUUCUAGCAGGGACCAAAUUUCCUACCCCUAAUCUAAAAGCUUGUACAUCUCAACACUUUCGGUCUUCUCAUAUUUAAAAAGAAUGACCCUGGAGCUGCUAUUAAUUUAAAACCUCAUCUCAUAUCCCAUAAACUACAGGCAAACAAGACACACGCAUUUUGCUGCCAAAAUGCAUUCCUCCUUCCAUAUAGUCUUCCCCUUUCCAUUUUAAUGUAAUGCUCAUGCUGUUCUGUAUAAUGUAAAUGCCCAUGGGACUCAAACUUUUCUUCAUGAAACUGUUAUCGCUGUUUCUACUUGUGGUUUUGUCUCAGAGAUCCAAGUCUUGUACAAAGAGCUUUUCCUUUCCUGCUUCUCUAACAUACAGCCUUUAGGUGAUGCUGUGCUUUAAUAGAAUAACACAUAAUAUACAAGCAGGAAAAUCUCUUAUUUUGCCACAGUGUUGUUUCUCUACAGAAGACAUUUGUUGUGGGCUUGUUAUUCCCCACUAAUUUAUGGCUUUUUUGAUGAUAUCCUGAUUCUUCAGUUGUAUCUCUGUGUCUAAUUAGCAUUUUCAGCACAGCAUUUAACUGUGGAAGUGAAUGAAACCAUGCUUUCCUCUUCUGUAUUUGUGCUAUUCUCCCUAGUGCCACCUAGAGGUUAUGUCAUGAAAAAGCAGGAAAGGAAGUACUCCUUGUGCAAUGCUUGGGUCCCAAUUCUGUGGCCAACGUGUAGGUGCAGCAUAUUUACAGCCUUAUGCAGAAAAUCCUUGUGUGGAAAAUAUACCUCAUUUUCAUCACUCUUUUAAAAAAUCAGGGAAGUAUUCUUAAACAGAAGCAAAGCUUUACUGUCCUCUAAAUGACCUGUAAAUGAUCCCAAGUAAGAAAUCACAAAUGCACCCAAUAAGUGCCUUGUGUAGUAAAGCUUUUAGUUGCCCAACUGUUUUAAUAAUGAGAUAUGGUGGGCCAGUUUGGGCAGAGAAAUAUGGUCCCCAACAUAGAAAGGAAAAGUAGACUGGCUCCCAAAGUGGACUGAGGGAACACAUCACUGUACCACGUGGGCAGUCAUGUAUUCCUUUAAAAAGAUGAUAAUAGGAGUUUCCUCUCCCCUCCCUCCCUCCUGCAAAUUGUCCUCCCAUAACACUCCCCCCCCCCAUUUUUAACUAUUUAUGGGGCAAUCCUGUUUAGACAGAGCAAGCUCCACAACUUGCGGCUUGCUCCAGCCAGCCAGCCAGCCUUAAUUACUUCUCUUGCAUUUAUUUUUUCUGAAGUUGCAUAUAUAGCUCUCUUUUCCAGAAAAGACAUGCAUAUUGUACCUCAAAGAAAAAAAGAAAGUAGAUGGACAAACUUUUCUCAGACAACAAUUCCUACCCCUCUUUCGUGUAUAUGCCAUUGAAAUGCAGUGACCACAAACCAAACCAAAAGAGUGAGGCAACUGGUGUCAGUGAACCAGGACUGACUCUAGAUCACUGUGCCGAGGAAGAAUGACGUCCUCCCGUUAUGAUUUUAAAGAGCAAUGGUGUGUACAAGGCUUUGAGAGUUUUGUUACAUAUGCCAUUUAUUGUUAGUGUGUGAUCUCUUGCACAUGGAAUUGUCUGGGUUCUUUACACAAUGGCAGCCUCCUUCCAGAACCUCUAGCAUGUUGUCCAGCCAUUCCUGCAGCUUGUUUUUUUAAGGAGAGAGUAAUAAAUUAUUUUCCUGGAUGGCACCAUCAUUUCUUAUGGAAGCCUUAUGUAAAGUCUAAAUUCUGAUGUAUCUCACAGUGCAACCUUGCGUUGUGUAAUGGAGCAUUUACCAAGGCAGCAGGGAACCCGCCCUCCAAAGUAAUCUCGCGUCCAAAAAAGGACAUCUUUCCUUCCACAAAGGAAAUAUUAGAAGCAGCCUAGAUAAAGCACAGAGGGAAAUGUCUCACACAGAGAAGCCCAGAGUCUCUCAUGGAAAUCAAGGAUGAGCUACUAAGUACCGUUCCCCUGCUUGUUGUUUGGUCACUGUACUUCCUCGAUGACCAUUAAAUGUCUUGUCAUUUGUUUCCCUGUUUGCUGUCAAUGCGGCUUCUGACUGGUAAGUCAUUCAGAUUAUUUCUGUGACUUUUUUUUCAAGAACUGGUAAGCUUUAACUGGUCCCUCAAGCUAACAGCACACACUGGAAUUUUCUCUCCCAAAUGAUCUUAAACUGUUGGGGGGUUUUAAGUGUCCCUAAUAAUGAGGUAAUGAACACUGUGAAUUAAGUUCAACAAGGCAUAUUUGAUGGUGUAGAAAUAGACUUAAAUUACCAACAAGAAGUUAAAGCUCCCACAUCCAAUAUGGGCACAACUGUAUGGCCUGCAGACACUGUAGAAAAAGCAGCAUCCCUACCAAAACCUUGGAGAAGCCUUCUGCAGUCACAGCAGGUGCUCCACUUUCAAAGGCCCUUUCCUCCACCCUCAGCUGGCACAGCUCUUUUAGUGUUGUCUGAGGCCCCAAAGAAGGAAGACCAUCUUCAUAAUAUGUGUUUUGGGGACCUUCUGAAAGGUGGAGGGGAGAAAGAUGAGGUUUUGACAAGUUCAAGUGGUGCCACAGCACCUCCUUCUUGUGAGAAGGGGCAAAACAUUUAGGUGACUGAAAUUCAUGAUCUAAAUGUUUUUGAGAGCAAUGGGAGUCUUGGAGGCAGCCCCCGCCCCCAUGGUCCUUCUUCAUUCAGUUGAAUGCCCACAACUUUCCGCAUUUGGAAGGUUACAGGCAGUCACACAGGGCUGCAUCCUAGCAGUCUUAAGAUAGUACUUUUGUGUCAGUAAAUAUUAGAUAUAUUUACCUUGUGAAAUACAUUGAAGUGCAGCUUCUUUCUCUAGUAACAUUCCUAUGUCCUUUUCAGUGUUUACAUUCAAGAAACUAAUGCAAGUUUAUUGUGAUUCUCAUCACUUGGACUUGAAAAUGGAUGGGUUCACAUGACACAACAAGCCACGGUAGUUUCUUGUGCAGGAGGGCCUGUUUGUGCCAACCUGCUUCAGUAUUUUAGCAUAAUUUUUAGGAACUUGAUUUUUAGGAACCAUAAUAAGAAACAAUGGUCUGUUCCAUGGUGUUCACAUUUCACCAUCGUUUCUCUGGUUGUCCAAACCUGUCAUCUUGGUUUCCAUGGUACUACCACAGAGUCCAUUGGAAAGAGUAGCAGCUGCUGCAGGAGUUUCUCCACGCAGCCAUCCCAACAUAAUUGUAUGUAUGUUAUGCAAUAUGUUUAGGAGGCAAUGCAGAUCCAUCAGUCUGUCUAUGAUAAAGCUCCAGCUGAUUCAGUUUAUUCACGAUACCACUGCGUAAACAGGAUAAUUUAGUUUCUUCUUAAGCAUUGCUGAGCCAUCUAGUGGUGUUACUUGUGGUGCAGCCUAAAAUAAUCCAAGGCUCAUGCAAGGUGGGUGUGGUUGAUCCUGCCCUAUUCAUCACUGCUUAGUAACAAUUGGGUUUUAUCAUGUUUUCUUCAGCCUUGGGUGUUUUUUUUUUUUUCCAGGAAAUAAAUGUCCCGCAACACUGGGGUGGCACACCCACAUUUUAAUUUGAUAUUUACAUGAAAGAGAAGCAAUCACCGUUUUUAUUUUCUAUUGCAUCUGUCUUUAAAUUUCUAGCCCGGGUGGUUUUAAAGAAACCCGUGAUAACAUGGUUGUCGUUUAUACCCUAAUAUUUUAAAAACCGGAAGCCACCAAUCCCAUCAUUUCAGAGAGGGCUGAUUCAGGGGGUUGACUGUAGAGGAUUGAUGCUGCAGAUUGGCAACAUGGGUCUGUUUCCUUCUUUUGGGACACACCCAGUUCCGAUCCUGGUGCUACCAGGGCCUCCUGACCUGCCUCGUCUAUUCUUCCUAUGUUGCUCAAGUUGUGAAAAGGCCUGAGUUAGUAAAUCUCUUCACACUUUGCAAACACAAAAGAGUAGCUUCUGUGCUUCUAUUUUUCUUUGCUCGGAUGUGUCUAACAUCUCAUUCUGUUGGUUUUGGUGGCGCCCAGCAUGAGUUGCAUAAGAGGGGGGUGGUGUGUGCAUCCGUGUCCCCGCGUGCGCACACACAAACACCAGGAUGCAAGUUCUCACAAAUGGAUGUCAAAAAUGCAAAAACAAACCUCAAAACCUGAAAAUUCGGCGCUGAGAAACAACUGAACAGUUGUGCCAUUUUGUUUAUUUAGCUUUGUGAUUAAUGUUUUCUAUAGAACUGGAAUUUUUAUAGAAAAUCAGUGAAAUCAGGCAAGGCAAGGCAAGAAGAUUGGAGGGUGAACAAAUUAUCCCUGUGGCAGAAAGGGAGGUAUUAUGGGCUACAUCUUGCGAUGAUCUUGUAAUCGCUGGAGAUCUUGUCCAGCCUAAGCUUUCCCUGGCUUCUGAUAAGCUUCUAAAUGGCUGUUAGUCAUUUGGGUCACCCAGAUGCUAAGAGUUUUCCCACCCUUACUCUACCUAACACCUUGCCAUCAAGUUGCUUUGAUGCACAACUUCCAGACCCCUGAGCAGCACCCUGAUGGCAGGGCAAAGAAGAGGAAUGAGAAUACAUGGGCUCUGCCCUUCCCUCCUCUUCUUUUUUCUUAACCAUAUCCACAUUUUACCGUAAGAGACUUCAGUAAAUUGGGAUGCAGAUUGGAGUAUUUGUUUAUUAACCCUGCACUCUAAUGCUCUCCCUAUUCUGUUAGCAAGUUAGGAAACUAACUAAAAACAGGCCAGGCCAUUUUCUCAUCUAGACCAACAUGUCCAGCUCCAACUGGAAGCUAGGGGCACUGCUAGAUCCACAGCUCAGGCCUGUGGGACCAAACAAAAUGCACACAUUUGCUUGUGCUGAUUUACAAAUGUUCUCAAGCCUGUGUGUUUAAAAGAGCCUCUCCCCUGAAGACACCGUUAUUUGUUAAUAAAGAGAUGUAGGAAAGGGGGAGAGGAGAGAACUUGACUUCAGGGGGGAAAAACUCAGCCAAAAGAUUCAAAGGAGGGAGGCAGCAGGAGGGGAGGCACACGUGGGCCAAAAGCCAACGAAACCAGGGGGAUCAGAUACAACACAGGAGCCUCUGUACCUUUAUUUCAGUCAGUGCCCAUGGACAGUGGGGUGGGGGGACAGAUUGUCUCCCAAGGAGUUGGGGCUACAGACCCAGGGGACAGCCCCCUAACUCUGCCUCUGUCAGAAGCAGCUGCCCAGGUUCUGAAGAACAAGUCUUCCCCACCAGCUGCUACCUGGACCUUUAAAUUAGAGAUGGCAGCGAUUGCACAGAGGGCCUUCUGCAUGCAGAACAUGUGUUCCAAUGCAGAGGUCCCUCCCAAUUUUGAUAAUGUAAGAGUAAUCCCCACCCCACCCCUGGUGCAUCCUCCAGAGCGCGCUGUGGCCAGUGGAAGGGAACGGACCCCUUUGAACACCUUCACCUCUCACCAGGAUCUCUCCCUUGCUAUCUAUAUGAGGGUCUCUUCCCAACAAAAAGGAACUGCAAUGUUACUAAUACAGAGCACCCAGUUCCCUUCAGGGCAAGGAUUACAUCUAUUGUGUGAUCAAAGGGUUCCCAAUAGGUGGCCAUGAGCAACUAUGCCAGCCAAACAGCUGGCUGCCCUUAGCCGAUAUGGAAAUACCUGGUCACUGCACCUGGGGACCGUUUCAGGAGAGCGAUACUACAUUCCCUUCUCUCUGCCCAUGUUCCCUCAUGCAGGCACACCUGUGGGAGCAGAAGCCAAAGAAGAAACGGCCAGAGGCUACGGUGGAAGCGAAGCCCAAGAAAUCCAGAGUGAAGAAGCCAGAGGACUCAGGCCCCGCAGGGGACCCCAGUGUGCCCCCGCAAGAAAAGUGAGAAAGAAGAAAGAGGGGAAGCCUGAAGAAGAGAGUGAGAAGGAUUCAUGUGCCAAAUUCGUUAAAGAUCCCAGAAAGAAGAAGGAACUCCCCUCUUCCCAUGUCAACAUGAUGAAGACAACAAAAAAGAAGCAAGAGGACUCUGAAGAAGAUUAUGAUGAGGAAGAGGAAGAGGAGGAAGAGGAAGAGGUAGAAAGCGAAGAUCCACCAAAAAAGCCAAAAAGGAAGAUCCACAAAGACAUUCCGUCCAAUGAAAUUAAGGAAAGAAAGCCCAGAAGUAAAGGAGAAAAACCUGAGCCUGACAUCAAGGCAAGAACCACAAAGACAUUGAAGAAAGAUCCAGCCUCUGUGUUCCAAGUGAAUGGGGACAAGAAAGACAGAAAAGUGAAAAAGAAAGAUCUCAAAAAUAGUGAGGCAGAAGAAGACUCUGACUCUAGCACCAAGCCAACCAAAACUGAUCCAAAGAAGAGUGCAGCUGCAAUGUUUCAGGCUUCAGGACAAGUUCUUAAGGAGAAGAAAACUAAAAAGAAAGCUCUCCUCAAGGCCGCUAAAAAUGAAAGUGAGGAAGAGUCCCUAGAAGCAGCUCAGAAGAACACCAACAGGAAAGGAAAAGCAAAGAAGUCCAAGAAGAAGGAAGAAAGGCCUCCUUCCCCAGUCAUUGAGGUGGACAACCUGGAGGAUUUUGUGCUGCGGCCUGCACCUCAAGGAGUGACCAUCAAGUGCCGGGUGACUCGAGAUAAGAAGGGGAUGGAUCGGGGCCUCUACCCUACCUACUACCUUCACCUUGAUAAUGACAAAAAGGUUUUUCUACUGGCUGGUCGUAAGCGCAAGAAGAGCAAGACCUCUAAUUACCUAAUUUCUAUUGAUCCUACUGACCUGUCCCGUGGUGGAGAGAACUUCAUUGGAAAGCUGAGGUCCAAUUUGAUGGGCACUCGGUUUUCAGUGUUUGAUAAUGGCGUAAAUCCUGACAGAGCAAAUGCCGAUUGGUCAAACGUGCGCCAGGAGCUUGCAGCUGUCAUUUAUGAAACAAAUGUAUUAGGAUUCAAGGGACCUCGAAAAAUGACAGUGGUCAUACCUGGAAUGAACUCUGACGACGAGAGGGUGCCAAUUCGACCCCGAAACGAUAACGAUGGGCUGCUCAUUAGGUGGCAGAAUAAGUUCAUGGACAACUUAAUUGAGCUGCAUAAUAAAGCCCCAGUAUGGAAUGAUGAGACCCAGUCAUACGUGCUGAACUUCCAUGGCAGAGUAACUCAUGCCUCUGUCAAGAACUUUCAGAUUGUGCACAGCAAUGACCUUGACUACAUCGUGUUGCAAUUUGGCCGUGUGGCUGAUGACGCUUUUACCAUGGACUACAACUAUCCACUGUGUGCUGUGCAGGCCUUUGCCAUCGCCCUGUCUAGCUUUGAUGGGAAGCUGGCCUGCGAAUAGUGCAGCCAAGCUUCAUCGUGCCGAGGCUGUUCUGAGUCCAGUCAUGAGGCAAUGUUUCUUCUGUCUGAACUGGCUAACUGCAAGCAAAACUUUGUCUGAUGACAUAACGCAAUGGAGAAGGUGUGCGAAGGAAUGGCAGCUCAGGUGGCAUUACUCGAUGUUGCCAGUACACAACUGGAGAACACCUUGCAGGAUCAGUAAGCAGGGGUGCCUAGACACAAAGUCGGCUUAGCUGGUAAUGCCACACGCACACACAUGUUCUUGGCAUUUGCCUUAUGCAGGAAGCAAUACUCAAGCCCAGCAACUUAAACUCAACUUACAGCUCCUUUAAACUGCAGCGUUUGGGGGCUUUUCUACAUGAGGUAUUUCUGGUGUUUUCCAGUCACUUUUGCAGCUCCUUGUAGGGUGAAGUUAAUGCGAUCUUUUCUUGGAUGAUGCCAUUCUUUGCUACUGACACCUUGUGUAAAGUCUAAAUUCUGCUUUGUACCACCUUGUGUUGUACAAUGGAACUUAUAGAAACAUACAGAAAGGCAGAGAGAGAAAAAACUCCAGGGGAGAAAAAUAGCCUAGUGAAAAAUAAUGUUCUUUUUCCCUCCAUGAAAAUAGGAGAAGCCACUGUGAAGCAAAGCAGUGUAACGUCUUAUUUAGAGAAAAGCCAUGACUCUAGAUGCUCCCCCUCCCUGGCAAUCUUUCUCUCUUGGAAUUCUCUGUUAAUUUACUCAGUCUCAAGGAUUUUGGAACUAGUUGACCAUCUCAGGCUAUCAUGUCAUUAUUUCUUGUAUACAGAUACUUUUUAACAAUGAAGAGUAGCUGUUGUUUGAAUCUCAGGUGUAUUUGACCUUUUUAGAUUAUUUGCAGGGUAGAUAUUUCUGUUUGCUAAGUUAGGAUUGACAUGGGAAUAGGAACGGUUUUUUCCCCCCAUACUGAUAAUGAUCAAUAAAAGAUCAACAGGUGGGACACA